CUUAUAAUGUAAGUAAAGUCAAACGCGUUGUGUGUGUGUGUGUGUGUGUGUGUAUGUGAGGGUGGUGAUGAUAAAAAUAGGAAUAUUGAUAGUAGAAUAUGUAGAUGUCAAAUACCGAAACUGAAACCAAUCCCGAACUCGCACGCAUCGAUAACUUUGUGAAGGCAGCACCAGGCAAGGAAUACACGAUUGAUCAAAAAUCACAAACACUCUGUCGUCAAGGGUUAAGCGGUCAAAGAGAAUGUGUCAAGCUUAACUUGGAAUAUACCCAAAUGUUCUCUGAAAUGCAAAAGCUGGGCUUUUUCUGUGCAUUACCUAUGGACCCUACAGAGACUUACAUGGAAUGUAGAAGAGUUUAAAUAGAAUCUAUUUUUUUUAAUUUGUCCGUUACACACAAUACACAUAUAAUACAACAAUAUAUUUUCAAAUUUUUUUUAAACUGCUGAACGCACCCAAAAGCGUGGAUUCAAUAUGUAUCUACAGCAUCAAUAUGAUUGGCUGACAAACUCCCUUAAAAAAUAAAAAUAAAACCGUUGUGUGAGCCCUAAAAAAAAAAAAAAAUAAAAAACAAAAAAAAAACGUUCCUUUAUCCUA